CAUUCCUAAACAUAACCAUAUCUAGCAUCACCCCCAUUUUUCUGUCUUUACCAAGGUCUUAGAGGCGCUCUUGAUGUUGUGCUUUGGUAGCGGACCUUAACAUGCCUCAUUCAGUAUCAGCAAUCGCCUCACCGGCUUCUACAUCAUCCGAGAGCGCAUCUGGGCGACGCAAAUCUCGCGUUUCAGCUGAACAUACGUUGACCCGAGUACGAGAGAACCAAAGGAGACAUCGCGCACGACAGAGGGAUCAUGUCGCAACCCUCGAACAAAAACUCGCAGAAACCGAACAACUACUGACAGAGGCGAGAGCGGAAAUCGCCGCGCUCAAAGCGAAGCAAGCGGCCCCAAAUGCCGCCUACCAUCUCAACCUGCCCAGGACGCCGGAGAGUUCUGCCUUCAGCAAUGGAGACGCAAUUACUAUCGCGGACACAGAACCAAGCCCAAAUAAGCAUGCGGGGCAAACAUUGAUCCAACCAACUAGCGACCCACAAUUGGCGUACCCAGACAUAUCAGAUCUAUCCUUCCUAGGCGUCACCAUCUCCGGCUCACCUUCAAUCAUCACCGACAUCCUUUCCCUCUCUCCCUCUACAAUAACAACAACAGACUCUGCCAUGCUCAGCAGUGGCCCGCCCCCUUGCUGCUCUGAUACUCCCAGCUCACCACCUCCUGACGAGCCUACGGACCCGGAGUGCCCGACGUGCAAGACGCGCCCUCCGCCUGACCCGUCGGAGAGUACGACGCUGUGUGCGCAGGCGUAUGUUAUGAUAUCGCAGCAGAAUUUCCGCAGUUUGGAUCCGGAGACGAUUCGGCUUUGGCUGGCUCAGGGCUUGAGGAGGGCGCGGCGGGAGGGCGAAGGGUGUAGAGUGGAGAAUGGAGCGCUAUUGAGAUUGCUAGACUAUAUUAGCGGUAUGUAAGAAGGGAGUACAAUAUAGCUGAGGAUGGAUAGGUUUUUUGUAAGGAGUAUGGGCUUGGCGUCUUGUAGCGGGUUUAUGACAAAGGGGCCUUUUUACGAUAUAUUAAAGUGCUCCUGGAACUGAGAAUGCUGCUUUUUUACAGUGCUCCUGGAAUUGAGAAUGCUAGAUAUUCAUGGACUUUGUAUCAAGUAAUAAUGGUACAUGAUUGCGUGC